AUGAUUAAUUUCGAUGCAGACCCCAUCAGGCAAUUUGUUUUGGAUUGGGAAAAACGUGUACAUAUCAUUGAAGCAGUUACACAAGCGCUUUUAUAUCUCAAAGAAUACUCAAGAUUGACUAUUAUUCAUCAAGAUUUAAAAGCUAGUAAUGUCUUGUUAGAAGGAAAUAUGAAGCCAAAAAUAUCAUACUUUGGCAUGGCUAGAAUAUUUGCUAAAGAUGAUCUUGAAGCAAACACAAGCCGUAUUGUAGGAACAAUUAGUUAUGUUCCUCCUGAGUAUGCUAGAAGAGGCAUAUACUCUACCAAAUUAGAUGUUUAUAGUUUUGGGGUUCUACUUCUACAGAUCAUAAGUGGCAAAAGGAUUUCCCUUUUAUAA